GACAUCCGUGCGACCUUUGGCGAAACGACACAGUUCGGCUGGCACGCCACGAUGGGGUGGGAAGGGACGACAGGGCACCUGUACUUGAGUGGAUCUCUCGCGCAGUCGAAUGGGGUGUGCAAGAAGUACGUGUCCACUCAAGGCCGCAAGAUCAAGGCUGUGUAUGGAAACUACGCGUCGGUAUUGGCCCUGUGUGAUGGGUGGGAGUUCGAGUGGAUGUCACCCGAGAUUCCAGGGCUAGCAAACUCGCUGAAUGACGUAAAAAUCCACCAAUUGGCCUUUGGCAAGGCGCACACGGCUGCACUCAGCCUGGACGGCCACGUGUUUGUGUGGGGCGACGGUCGAUUUGGCCAACUUGGCCUCGGCGGGACUAUCGUGGCGAAGGAGCACCCUGUCAAGAUCGGCCAGCUCGACCACCUCACGUUCAAGUCUAUUGCGUGCGGGGGGUUUCACACGGCGGCCCUGUCCGAGUCGGGCGACUUGUACACGUGGGGGCGGAAUUUUGAAGGCCAACUGGGCCACACGAGCGCCUCAGCUUCCUGUGCCGUCAACGAAAAGCUCAACGGCGUGUUUCACCGCCCCAAACACGUAGCGCCGCUCCUCAACAAAAAGUGCAAGCAGGUCGCGUGCGGCGACAAGUUCACGGUGGCAUUGACCGUCCAUGGAGACAUCUACGCGUUCGGCGAGGGCCAGGCGGGGCAAUUGGGCACAGGACGAUGCACAAAGGUGCUUCAGCCGACGUUGGCUCUGACAAGCGAGUCCCCGGACGACCCGUUCGUCGAAAUUGCGUGUGGCUGGGCCCACACUCUUGCCAUGACGCAGACCGGGCGGCUCUUCUCGUGGGGGUUCAACCAGUACGGGCAGCUAGGGGCCAGCGACACCAAGACACGCUUUACUCCCGAGCAAGUGGUGGCUUGCGUCCCCGUGGCGCAUGUAUUCGCCGGUGGCAAUUACUCGGCGGCCAUUUCAAGGAGUGGUCGGUUAAUGACGUGGGGAAACGCUAUGCACGGCAAACUAGCCCAUGGGACCGCCAAAUUGGACGCUGUCCUGGCGCCGACGCUGGUCCAGGACUUGAAAGACGUCUACGUCCAGGCUGUCGCAUGCUCGUGGGACAACCUCGUUGUGUUUGCUCCGACUUGGGUGUCGGGGCUGCAUCCGCAGUGCGGAGUGCUUUCGGGUGGAUGCAUGCUGCGUGUGUUUGGGUCGGGGUUUUGGGAAAGCGACGAUCUCACAGUACGGUUUGUCCCGUUGACGGAGGGCCGGCUACCGCGGGCGGCGCUCGCCUCGUUCGACCCGGCAACUGGUGUGGUAUCAUGCGUCCUGCCCAAAUUCAGCGUCGCCGGCGAGUUUGCCGUCGAAGUCGCCAUGAAUGGAAAACACUUCACCACGAACGGCCACCGAUUCGAGGUGUACAUUGCCCCGACGAUCGCGCACAUUUCGCAUGACGAGAUCACUCACGGGGACACUCCUGUCGUCGCCCUCCACUUUACCGGCGACAAGCCCAAGACGCCCACGCGACCGGUCGUCAAGUGGGUGCCGCUCCAUUCGUCGUUCGCGGCUAUCGUUGUCGAAGCAGAGUACGGACGCGCCGCCACGGACGACCAAGAAGAGCACCCCCAUGACGACGUCAACGAUCCUCCUGCCAGCCCCAACUUUACCAUCACAGUCACGCCGCCGUCGUUCGAUUCGACUCCGCUGCAACUCGUGCCGUGUACCCUCGACGUAUCGCUCAACGGCCAAGACUUUGACCAGGUGCACGUGCACGGGGCGUCGUCGCCGCAUGUGGUCUACUUUCACAAGGCCCAAGUCACGCGGUGCUCGCCAAACUCGAUGCCGUUCACCGACAAAAGAGCCACCGUCGCGGUUCACAUCGACCAACUCUUUGACAUUGGGCGCAUCGUGUGCAAGGCCACCUACAGCGAGUGCGACACCGCGACGGCGGCUCCGUACCGCGUCGCCACAGCCAUGCUGCCCGUUGUGUCUGUCAAGUUAAACGAACACAUCGUCGUGUGCUCCGUGCCGGCGUUUGCCGAGUGGACGGUGCACACGGUCGGGCCUGUUGACCCGGCCGACUCGGACGACGAGAGCGCCAAGAAUGCGCCGCGGUCGACGUCGUGGGUUCCAUUGGAGCCGAUGCAAGCACAAGUCCAUGUGUCUAUCAACGGCGGCGUGACGUUUCUGCCGCCGGCGUCGCCUUUCGCGAAUGCCUUGCAUGGCUACACCCACGGCGCGUUAACCGACGUCGUGCCCAGCAUCGGACCCAUCACAGGCGGGACAGUGGUGUCGUUAGCGGCCACCCACCUCGCCUUUGACACGGACGACGCCGUUGUGUCCGUCGAGUACGGCGGCGACAUGCAGACCGUCCAUGCGUUCGUUCGGAAAGCGCCCGAGGCCGACCACCGCGUCGUGACGUUCCAAGUACCGUCCUUCGCUCUCCAUGAACACCACGACGCUGCUGCUGCCCCUGGGACCCCUGGUCACGGCCAGCCCCCGUCAGCAUUCAGCCCAGCCAUCAUCCGGCUCGCGUUGAGCGGAACAUCGUUCGGAGAUGCCACGAUCCCGUUCGAGUUUUACCGCGACCCGGUGAUUCGGUCGAUUGAGCCCCAGCUCGCCAGCGCUGGAACCGUCUUAAGUUUGACUGGGUCCUUCUUGAAGACAACGUCAACGAUGAAGUGCAAGCUGACCAAGGCGGACGGGUCCUUUGCCGCGGACGUGGCGGCCGAGUACAAGGAAGAGAAGGCCGGUCCGUGCUACAAGGUCGAGCUGCCCCAGCUCGGCACGAUCGCGAACGGUGAAUUGAUCUUCCACAUCGCGCUCAAUGGCCAGCAAUUCGCGACGACCGACUCGGCCAGAUUCACCUACGUUGACCAACCCGAAGUCCCGCUCGGUAAAGAAGACAAGCGUAAGCACUAAACCAAUACAACACUCUCCCAGCCUCCACACACAAGUGCCUUCUUUCGGUCUCAUUACGUACUCGCUCAUCGCGCCCACGUCGACUCUACAC